AUGGCCGAUAACACGCCGGAUUCAGACAGAACCGGGGAGAAGGGACCCACGACAGGUUCCAGCGGCAUCCUCGACAGAAAAAUCGAAAGGCGCGCACUCCCCGCAAGUUUCUCAUCAAAUCUCGCCAGAAGAGGGAUGGGGUCAGGAAGGAACACAGCCGAUCGCUCGGUGCGAUCCAUAGUUACUCUGUUCGAGAACUCGGCAGCCACCUCACAGAGCCCAGCAUCGAGUGGACCAGUGGCAACCACAAGAAAAGCAGGUGGUCGUGGGAAAGACGACCAGGAAACCGACCACAAAGCCGUCAAGUCAGUACCAAGCCCGACACACCAAGCUUCGGAGAAGGAACAAAAGCCGCCUUCUCGCAAGAUAACACCAAUUUCAACUUCGCAACAGACCGAAUACCAAGUUGAGGAUUACUCGUUGACGCUGUUGGGGCACAAAUCCUACUUCAACAACAGACCACUGGGACGAUGCUUGGACGAGAAGCUCGAGAACAACACCGAAACUAAGGUUCGCCGAAUUGAGGCGAAGGAAGAGGUCGGGGAGGUGACAAAAGAUGAUAGGGGAUCAGAGAAACAUGAUGGUGGGCAUGAACAGGAGGUAAACAAAGGGCCCUUGUCACAGAAGCAGGUUGCGUCGGCGCCAGUACAGCAUCUGGAAAGCACGACAAGCGGCCUUACUUUACAAGGAACAUCAGAAUCGAUAACAACGCCAGAGUCGGAGAUACGGGACCCGAAAGAGGUGGCCGAGUUGUGGAACUAUGUGCGGAAACAGCUGUGGAUUGACGAUGAGGAGAUAUACGGCGAAGGGCUCGGGAAGAUUGAGGCCGUCGAGGACGCUGUUGUAACGAAGGGAGAGGAUAGCGAGGGAUUCAUCUUGGAUCCACUGACUCCUAUAUGUGGCACAUUAGGUUCCUACAGCCUCAGUUCGGGACCGGAACAGCUUCUGCCAUUUCCCGAGCGACCUCCGCCUCCGUCACUGGACCUAAGCACCUCCACGCCGAAAUGCUUAGACCCCGACUAUUUUCUCUAUCAUGAGCCCGACCUCUCUGGUCUACCACCCAUCCGGCGCCCACUACCCACGCCGCCCAUCGCACCCAGCCAUUCGCGAAACCCCAGCAGCGGCGGCAGCGGCAAUGGACGCUGGGUUCGACCACCAACGUGGCGCACCCCGUCAUCCACCAACCCCUCGCCUUCUCUCCGGGCACCAUCCGCUCUCCCCAGCCCAGUCCCGACGCCCAUGGGAGGAUCAUUCACAGAUUACCCCCCCUCAUCCGCUCGCAUCAACCACCGCAGAAACAGGCACCAACCGCACAUUUCCCGGUCUAACACGUCCGAGGCUUCGUUCUCGGCCUCCAUCUGCAGCACGGCUGGCACGCAGGGUAGCGAACGCAGCAUCGGCCACAGCGAAGGACACAGCGAAGGACACAGUAGGGGGCCGAGCGCCCACCAGUACCUCCAACAAACUCCCCAAUACGGACAUGACCACCACGGUAGCCAAACCAGCUCGGCAGCGACACGCUCCACCCGUGCGGACUCGGCUAUGGGUAUGUCGACGGCAUCGACGGGAUUGGUGGCGGAGAUGGAAGUCGAGUCGACAUCGGUGGGUUACCAACCGAAUACUCCCCAGCGACGGAUGACGGCGGAGGAGAAGCUGUCGGAGAUUGAUGAGUUUUUGUCGCCUAGCCCGGAGGAGACGGAGAGGCAGAUGGGGGGUUGGAUAUGA